UGUGUCUACUUCUUUUCAAUUGGCACGUUAUAUCCGGUUUACUGAAAUUUUGGCGAGAAGACAAUUGUUGCAUCAAUCUGACAAUCUGUAACGAGUCAAGUAAAUAAAACUGUUUAAAAAUGGAAAAGUUGGCAUUAGCACAAGAAAAAGUAUGGUUUGAUAAGCCAUCAUACGACAAAGCAGAAAGACUAUAUUUUGAAAAAAUGGCUAAGUGGAUACAGGAAAAUCAACAAACUACUAGUCCAAACUUCUAUGCUGGUGGAAGUUUAGCCCAUGAGGUCGCCAAGGCUCAUCAAUAUGUUAGAGAAUCUUUACAGUGUAUGGACAAUAUUGCAGUUUUUACGGGACUUAUCGAGCCACCUAAAAAGGGGAAAGAAAAUGUAGAUGAAGCAGCUAUUGAAGGGUUAUUGACCGCCAUUAGCAGUUUGGAGAAACGAGUUAAAUACCUUGAAGACACGUUUAGUCAAUUUUCAAUACAAAAGUCUGACCCAUCUCCAAAAGAACCAAAAAAAAAACCUGACGAUGACAACGAUACUGAUCUAUUUAAAUCAGACUCAGAGGGAGAAGAUGCUGAAGCUGCAAAAAUUAGAGAAGAGAGAUUGGCUGCAUAUACUGCAAAGAAAUCCAAAAAACCUGUUCUGAUUGCAAAGUCAAACAUCAUAUUAGAUGUUAAACCAUGGGGUAGUGAAGUUGAUAUGAAAGAAAUGGAAACUGAAGUAAGGAAGAUUGAGACUGACGGUCUUUUAUGGGGAGCUGCAAAACUUGUUCCCUUGGCCUAUGGUAUUCAUAAACUUCAGAUCUCUUGCGUCGUAGAAGAUGAAAAAGUUUCAGUGGAUUGGCUUACAGAAGAGAUCCAACAAAUUGAAGAACAUGUUCAAAGCGUAGAUAUUGCAGCUUUCAACAAAGUAUAAAGAAAUUAAUGAAACUUUGAAGGUAGAAGAUAUCUGACGAUUCUAAUUGCAAUCAGGCAUUGGUCUGUUGUGCCAUCUCUUCAUUCCACUAGCAAUAUCUGUCUCGAUGAAUGAAUCAUUACGUACGUCUUAUAUACUUAAUACGAAUGUCUAGAAAAUAACAGACGUUCAAUCGUCGUGUUCCGACUUUAAUGUUUGAUGUGUCAAGUUAUUUAAUAAUUCAUAAGAAUUGUAGUCGACAGUGUUUUUAAACUGCGUGAUCGUAAAAUCAACAUAUUCUAUAAAAAAUAUUAUAAUCUGUAAAUGUUAAAAAUUGUAAUACCGAUGCGAAAAUGUAAAGAAUUCAAGUAACCGAACACCAUUCAAUUAUGAUACUCAAAAAGAAAUUUAUGAUAUUGCAAGUAAAUAAUGCCAAUUACUAGUACUAUAUUUAAUUGUUCGUUUCGGAUUAUUGUUGCCGCGAAUAAAAAUUAUAAUUAUAAUUUUCUGUAA